AUGUCACCUCCCUUUUCCUCUACGCGCACAAAAGUGCAGCUGAAAUUGGUGGUGCAGAGGCUGAAGAUGCUUCAAGAGAAGAAGACGUCGAUGAGCAAAAAGGAUAGGAGGGACGUGGCCAGUUUGGUUGAAAGGGGGAAAGUGGAGACGGCGAGGAUCAAGACGGAAGGUGUGAUCGCAGAGGAUAUUCAUGUGGAAUUGCUGGAAGUGCUGGAACUGUACUGCGAGAUGCUCAUCGCUCGUCUGGCCCUCUUGGACUUGCCCGGUCGAGAGCCGGAUGCGGGACUGUUAGAGCCUCUUUGUGCGCUCAUACACGCCGCACCGCGCACCGAGCUCAAAGAGCUGCACGUGCUAAGGGAGAUGCUCAUGGCUCGCUACACUCGAGAAUUCGCCAUUCGAGCAACGGAAGAUCAGGAAGAGUGCGUGCCUAGGCGCAUCACCGAUAGGUUGAGGGUUCAGACGCCCGAUGAGGCGUAUGUCGAUGCCUACAUCGCAGAAGUCUGCAAAGCCUACUCCAUCCCCUUCACCUCCGCCCAUGCGCAAGUCCAACCAUCCAUCGACGUUCCCUCUCCCCCACCUCCCCUCGAAGCGCAGCUCUCCACAACCAGAUCCGGCAGCAACACCAAAUCCGAUGCGGCUGUGGCCACGUCGCUGGGUACGAGCGGCGCGAUGACGAGCGGUGCGCAGCCUCCUGGAGGCUUGGUGGACAAGCCUGAUCUGCACGGUACGACGACCACGACGUCUCGACAAGAGCAACAAGGCAAUGGCAAUGCUGCUGCUCCUGCUGCUCCUGGUGCCGUGUCGGGAAUCGCCGCUCAGGAGAGCAAAGGCAAAGCUGUGGACCCCGUCGACGAGCUGGAAAAGAGGUUUGCGGCUCUAAAGAGGCGAACGUAAAACAGGGGGGCCCCCACUGGUCCUCAAAAGAUGCGGGCGCGCGCGGUGGGGGAAGAGAGAGAGAGAGAGAGAGAGAGAG